AUGUCCGCCGCAACAACGCGCAUCGCGGCCAAAAGCUUCGCGGCCCCGCAACAGCGCGUCGCUUUCUCCACAACCCGGCCCGGGGCCGCCGCCGCCGGUCCCACGCCGGGGAAGAACAACGUCAGCAACAACAAGUCCGGCGAGAGCCCGAUCGAGAUCCCCGUCUUUAACCUCCGACACAUCACGUCGAGCCCGCGGGCGCGGUUCUGGCUGAUCACGGGGUUCUGCGUGGUUGGGAGCGUUGAGAUGUAUGGGUGGUACAAUUUCGGGCCGAAGAUUUUUGGGUGGGAGGAGGGUAGGAAGGGGGGUGAGAAUGCUUGA